CAAAUUUCAGGUAAUAAAUUGAAAUGUCCGCCGCACUACGCGAAAAUGAGCUCAUUAUCAGAGCAUGCGUACUCUACGAAGCUCUCGACGAUAAACCAAUCUUUGAGUCCUACAAGAACUUCUGCAGAAAAGUUGGAAAGGAUGCUAUGACACAUUAUGAUUUCGAUUUUUGGUUUUAUCGAUUUCGUGAAGGAAAUCACGAUUUGCAUUAUGAUAGAAGAUUAGCUCUAAUGAAAGUUUCACGAAAUUUUCGAGUCGUAACUCAGAGCUGCAAAGUUGUAAUGAAACGGCUUUCGGUGCAGCAAGAUGGAUAUGAGGAGUAUUCGGAACUAGUUUUUGAUACCCGCCACCAGAUCAAUUAUUGGCCGGAAAAUGGUGAAUGUAUGGUCGAAUAUGUCAAUAGAUUCGAUGAAUCGCACCAAAAGCCACCGAAAUUUCUUGCUGGCGAAGAUUACAUGGAAUUACACAGAAGAGAUCUCGAAUUGAUCAUGAAAAAUCGUCGAGUUCAAUUAAAGACUUUCCAUUUCACAAUUGCUGGUGUUAAAGAAGGUUUACAUGAGAAAUGUAUAGAGGAUCUCGAGAAUAUUCUGAAAUCGGCGAAGAGUUUGACGGCAAACGCUGUAGAAACAAUGCUGCUCUCUUACUCGGAGUUUGCUUCGCUAUUAUCAAUCUUCCCUGCUGAACAUUUGCAAAAAAUUAAUUAUGAUGGAGACACUGGACCUGAUGAAUUCGGAUAUAAGCAUCUCGUUACAAUGGAUCAAUGGAAAAUGGCUAGGGAAUUUAAUCAUUCAAUUGGAGAAUUGGAUAUUCCGUUCGAGAAUUUUCUGAAUUUCGAUAGUUUUUGUGUUCAAAUUUCGAGGUUCACCAGAAAUGAUGCCGUCAAACUUCGAAAUAUGAUUGAAAGAUCCCCCAAUUUCAAGAGCGCUCAGAUCUUUGCGAAGGACAUGGACGCUAUCAGAGAGAAUUCAAUCUUUUUGCCCGACGAUAGUGACAGUGACUCGGAUGAUGAUCCAGUUUUUGGAGUAUACAAUAUUCGUUAUACGACAUCUGAUGAACGACUCUUCUAUAUCAGAUUUUAUCGCUCUAGUCUUUAUAUUAAAAAAUCCGACUGGAACCCAAAGUAUGACUUUACCGAUUUCUAGUUCGUUUAAUUUAAUUUUUGUUGUUUUUCUAGUUAUAAUUUUUGUUGUUUUUCCUAGUUAUAAUUGUUGUUGUUUUCGAAUUUUAUUCAAUAAUAUUUGUGAAAAGAUUGUU